AAAGUAGCCUGCAUGGUGCCUCGUUCCUCCCUCGUUCCCAUUUCCUUCUCUUCCUUCAUCGUCACGUCUGUCUUUUGCACUGCAUCCCUUGUUCUUGAUUCCCCACGACUCCCGUCGUCAGCGUCCAUCUAUAUCCGUCAUCAUUACUCUGUCUUCUCCGCCAUCCCGUCAUCUCCGUCACGACAUCGGGAUCCUAGCCGCUGUCCCCGCUCUCGGCUCCGUCCCACGUCGCUCUCUCUCGCCUUAUCGUCCCUCGCGUGCCUCGUGCCUCGCCCUCACCUCGCCUUGCUCGCCCUCAUCCUGUGCUCAUCCCCUUGCUUGCUAGCUAGCUGGCUCGCUCUUAGGUUUGGACUUGCAUCGUGUAUCGCAAGCCCAAAUCAUGGAGUUCCAGUCAACAAACCCAAGCUUCCGCGUCAGCUGGCUGCUUGGUCUCCAGCCUUAUCAGCAUAUCCCCACGACCCCGCCCUGGGCCAAGCAAUACGAAACAAAUGACCCCAACUUCUCUGUCCGCUUCAUCAUAGGCAUCGUUCCCAGUAAAAGGUCCCGGAGAUCUAGAAAGCCCAGAACCCGUCGCACCGUAAAACAGCCCGUCAAAGCCGAGGAGGAUGAUUUGGGUAUCGACCCGUUUGGUUUGCGGAGGUUGUUUGACGAUCUCUCCGAGGAAGAGGUCAAGGAAGCCGAGGAAGCCGAGCAGCUUCCUGUAGAUGGAGAACCCGAGAUUUUGGCAGAGGCGGGCUUCUUGGAGCUUUGCUCAAAGAUGGAGCAGUUGCUGGAUGAUAUUGAGUCAUCCCAACAAGAUUCCGAUGAUUCAGACAACGAAUCUAUAGACGGCCUCGACCCUGAAGACUGCGACGACGAAUCCCCCUCUCGAAUCGAAUGGCUACGACAAAAGACGGUGGAAAAGGCCGAGAACAAGUAUCUGGACAGGCUCAUGUCUCUACCAGGUCUCGAAGAAGCCAAGGCCUUUUUCCUCCAUGCAAAGGCCAAGAUUCAGGCUGCGACACGACGCGAAACCGACCUGAAAAAGGAAAACUUUGAUGCUGUUUUCAUGGGCAAUCAGGGAACCGGAAAAACGAUGCUUGCCAAUCUGUAUGCCAAAUUCCUGGCCUCGAUGGGUGUAGUCAAGGCGGUGGGUGCCAUCGACGGCAUCAGCAAGUUUUCCGCCUACAACAUGUCCAAGACGUCGACCCUCAGCAGCAUCCACAGCAGUUGCAUCACCACCGGCGGAUGUAUUGCCAUUAUCGACCACGCUCAUCUCCUCGAUCACGAUGAUUGCAACUUGUGGAACUUUUACGUCCGUUCCCUGGAUCUCCCCGGCAAGAUUGUCAUCAUUUUUGCUGGCAACGGAGAUUGGGGCUUGUCCGAUCAACUUGGUUACAGUGCCCAAGUCUCGAAUCACUUUCCCGUGCUGAAACUGCCCAACUACAACAAGGAUCAGCUGCAGACAGUCUUCCACGGCAUGAUGCGACGAUGGUUCAACAAGAAGAUGGAGGUUGAAGGGGGCUACGACGGUCCAAUUAUGAAGAUUUUGAUGCGCCGGAUCACCCAGGGAAUCAACGAAAAGAUGUUUGGCAACAUCUGGCCCGUCCGAAAAGCAUUCCUCGAAGCCUGCAGGCGACAGGUGGAGAGAUUUCGCCUGGCGCGAAAGGACGGCAACUAUCUCGAGGAUUACAUGAUGACCAGGGAGGAUUUGCUCGGCAACAAACCCUCACUUGGGCCCGACAACAGCCCCGCGUGGAAGGAGUUGCAGGAACUGGUGGGCUUGGAUGCCGUCAAAGAGUCGAUCCUUUCCGUCGUCAACCAGGUCAACCAAAACCACAUCCGAGAGAUGCGAGGCGACGAACCUUUGAACGUCAGCGCCAAUCGGGUGUUUUUGGGAGCGCCAGGCACCGGAAAGACGACGGUUGCUCGACUUUACGGCAAGAUCCUGGCAGACUUUGGCAUUCUGUCCAAAGGAGAGGUUUUUGUCAAGACUCCUACUGAUCUUCUAGACCGAUACAUAGGAGGAUCGGAGAAUAACACCAAGGAGGCUUUGCGAGAGGCCAAGGGGAGCGUUUUGAUCAUCGACGACGCCCACAUGCUGGAUCCCGGGCGCAGUUCCAACAGCCAUUCCAAGAAUGGAGACUUCCGCGGCGGCAUCAUCGACACCAUUGUUGCUGAAGUCGCUGGCACACCUGGCGAGGAUCGUUGCGUCAUCCUCUGUGGGUAUCCCGAUCAGAUGAAGGAAAUGUACGGCAAUUGCAAUCCAGGCCUGGCACGACGAUUUCCUCUAGACUCUGCAUUUGUCUUUGAGAACUUUGACGAGGAAAGUCUUGGGAAGAUUUUGGAUCUCAAGCUCAACAAGGAGAAGCUGAUUGCAACGGACAAGGCACGGGAGGUUGCCAUGGAAGUCUUGAAGCGCUCUGCCGUCCGACCCAACUUUGGCAACGGUGGUGAAGUGGACAAUCUCAUUUCCAAGGCCAUCAUGGCUCGAUUGCGACGCGUCUCCAAAGACAAAAAGCCUGAUGAAGAUCUCGACGUGUUCCCGAUUGAACCCCAGGAUUUUGACGCAGAUUACGACCGCCUGACCCGAGCCGUCGCCAACACGCGCGCCCUGUUUGACGGCUUUGUCGGCUACGAAGAAAUCAUUUCCAAGUUUGAGUCCUACCAGUACAUGGUCCAGGGCAUGCGUCUGCGCAACGUCGAUCCGCGACCGUACGUCCCUUUUACGUACGUCUUCAAAGGACUUCCCGGAACUGGAAAGACAACGACGGCUCGCAAGCUCGGCCAGAUUUUCUACGACAUGGGUUUGCUGUCGGCUCCCGACGUCAUUGAAGUCUCGGCCUCGCAGCUUAUUGGCGAGUACUGCGGCCAGACAGGACCAAAGACGAAGCGCUUGCUAGAGUCGGCCCUCGGCAAGGUGCUCUUCAUCGACGAGGCAUACCGACUUGCAGGUCAUGCAGGAUCGUUUGCCGAGGAGGCUGUGAGCGAGCUUGUCGAUGCAGUGACCAAGCCGCAAUUUGCUCGCAAGCUCAUCAUCGUGCUGGCUGGGUACGAGGAAGACAUGGACCGUCUACUCCGAAGCAACCAAGGCAUGCGCAGUCGAUUCGCCACCGAGUUUACAUUCCGACCUCUGCGCGCCGAGCAAUGCGUCGAGCAACUACGCGCCGUUGUCGAACGUGUCGGCAUCACAAUCCAGUCAACCCGCGAGAUGGACACCAUGACCCGGACGUCUCUCAUGACUCUUCUCAAUCGUCUGAGCAACGAAAAGGGCUGGGCUAGCGGUCGCAGUGUCGAAACCCUUGGUGAGAGGCUCAUUGGGCACAUCUUCAAGGAGUGUGCCAUGAAGGGAUACACUGGCAAAGACCUGAGCGUCACUGGCAAAGAGCUGGUGACGAUACUCGGUCAAGCAUCUGGCCAUGGCGGUGCCGGAGCCAAGAAAUGGGGUGGUCAGGGGCCCAUGGGUGCAAGGCAGGUCAUGACUCUACGGGAUCUAGAGGGGUACGAGUAAAAGCGAGAUUGCGUACAUGUUUGAGUAUUUAGUUGGCUAUGAAUCAUGAGCAUGGUUGGAUGGGGAGUUUGGUGUUGGUAGUCUUAUUGGUAAUGAGAGAUGAUCUAGUCUAGUGUUCUAGUGUCUGUUAGUGUCAGUGUGUCUGUUCACCCGAUCCUUCGUCGUGAAUAAUUGUUAUAUUGAAUGCCGGACCAGGGUAAUGCUUGGUGGCAUGUAUCAACCACCAGACACCUGUGAUGAAUAGCACGCCACAGAGAAUGACGCAGUUGUAAUUCAUCGUUGUCGCAUCAAACGGCAAAGCAAGGG